CACGCCACGAGGGAGGAAGGAGCAAGCACCAUUGCAAGGCACGCACGCAGCGCGCACCCAAAAAAACGAGAAGCGAAGCGGAGGCGAAUCGACAGGAGGCCCAAAUAUUCGGGGGGAGGGGGGCGGAAGAUUUCGGAGGAGCAGCAGCGCGAAUCCCCAAUCCACCCCCCCUCAAAUCCCAAUUCCGAAUCCGACCCAACUCCUCGCCAGAUCUCGCCUCCCCCCCCCCCCUCUCCUGGGGGCCGCUCCGAUCGAAUCGGCGGCUGCACCCGCGGCCGGCGACUCCGGGAGGGGGAUCUCGCCGAGAUUUGGGUUGGGUACUUGGGUUGGUGGGAGGGAGGGAGGGAGGGAGCUGGGUGGGUGGGGCCAUGGCGUCGGCGCAGGCGUCGUCAUCCUCCGCUGCCGCCGCCGCCGCCUCGUCGUCGCGGAAGAAGGAUCUCCAGACCGGGAAGAAGCUGCUGGCGGAGUACCGAAGGAAGAAGAAUAAGGUGGCGAAGAAGGCUGCGGAAACUGCAGACCAGGCGGCGGCGCCUGUUCCUGAUACACUAGAGAAUCCCCCUCCAAAUGCCGCCAGUACUAACUCGGGAGACAAGUCGGUGCCAGAUGUGGACGCGGACAGAGCAAGCACAUCAUCGUUGCCAUCUGCUAUCUAUGAGAAUGGCCCAACGAUUUCUUCCAGAGGCGAGGAGUUCCUAUCAAAUGGCCUUGCUCCUGUAAAUACACCGGUCAGUGUUAAUAAUCCUGCCACCAUGCAUGACGUCAGUAGUGAUGGGGGGAGUAAGUUUUAUGGGAAUUUGAGCUUCUCUGACUUAGUUAAUGGGCAUAAUGAGGAUUGGAGAGGUGAUGCUGCUCGGAAAAGGGAAGAGCAUAGUUCUGACAAGGAUGUCGCUUUAAAAUCUAAAUUAAGCGCCUUUGGAAACUCGAACAGUUCAAUCCCUCAUUCUUCUAGUGACAUAUUUCCAAGUCAGGGAAGAGAUCCAGUCUUGAGUGAAGUAAAUGACACAGAGCAGUCAAGUUCAUAUUCAUCUGGCAACCUUUUUGGAAAGUCAGAAGGCAAAUACAAUCAAGAUUACUCUUCAAGCAAUGAUAUCUUUGGUCGAUUCCGAGCUACCUCUAAAGACUCUUCCCAAGUGGAUGACUUAGCAUAUGGCAGCAGCCGGGAUGGAAGUUCCUUCAAUAGUUCUUGGCACACAUCAAAUUCUACACCGGCUAGUUUUGAUAAACAGGAUCCUUUUAUGUCAACUGGUUAUCCAACUACAUACAAUCGAUCUCGGCCAUCUUUUCUUGAUUCUAUUGGAGUACAAAGAGCUCCAACAACCGAGGCCCCAUAUGCAGAACCUCCAAAGGCUAGUAAACUAUUUGGCAACUCAAAUUCUGAGAGUUCGUUUUUUCGGCCGCCAAAUCAACAAUCCACUGGAAGCAAUGAUGUGGAUGGUUCUCUUAAAUCAGGAAGACAAGAAUAUAACAAUGAGAAGGGAUCAUAUGGAAUUUCCAUUCCAACUGAUUCCUUUCAUUCGAAAGAUGAACGGAAUAUGCAGCACAGUACUCAAAUGUUCCAAAACUUCACAACUCAUGGGAAAGAAGAUGAUUUUGCUGCACUAGAGCAGCUCAUUGAGGAUUUGACGAAAGAGAAGUUCUCCUUACAACGUACUCUUGAGAAAUCUCAAGAAUUAGCGCAAACUUUGGCCACAGACAACUCAGCUUUAACCGAUAAGUUCAACCAACAGGCGCAAGUUAUCAGCAACUUGACAUCCGACAUGGAGAGAUUGCAGAAUGAAAUUCAAGCCCAACUGCUCGCACUUGAAUCUGUCAGAACGGAAUAUGCUAAUGCUCAGCUGGAGUGCAAUGCUGCAGAUGAGAGGGCUAAAGUUCUUGCAGCAGAAGUCAUUCUACUUGAAGAUAAGUCUCUUAGACUGAGGUCAAAUGAGUUGAAGCUUGAAAAGGAAAUUGAGGGUUUAAGUUCUGAGAUUUCUUCAUACAGGCGCAAAGUUUCUAGUCUAGAGAAGGAACGUCAGCAUCUUCAGUCUACUGUUGAGGCUCUUCAAGAAGAAAAGAAACUCUUACACUCUAAAUUGAGGAACACUUCUGUGACCGAAAAGGUUAAUAUUAUAGAAAGAACUUCAGCCGAUAAAAGAGAUGCAUCAACUGCGACAGAGGAUCUAGAUGCAGGGGAAAGCAGCUCUUCAGAAACACUGACCAGUACUGUUGACACAAUAGAAGAUGCUGGAACAUCUGUUUCGCAGUCCAAUAAUGUUGUUGAUUUUACUUCCUUUGAAGAGGUGUCUUCUAGCAUCCCAUACGAUCAGCUUAGAAUGAUCGACAAUAUCAGUUCAUUGAUGUCAGAGUUAGCAGUGGAGAGAGAAGAGUUGCUGCGAGCUCUGAGAAUUGAGUCAUCCAAUUGCUCCAAGCUGAAGGAAUUGAACAAGGAUCUAACACAAAAGCUUGAGAUUCAGACUCAAAAACUUGAGCUAUUAACUUCUCAAAGGAUGGCUAAUGAGAAUGUCCUUGCAAAGCCGAUCGACACGCGCUCCAUCAAUGAUGCAACAAUGUAUGCUGACGAAGGAGAUGAGGUUGUUGAACGGGUGCUUGGAUGGAUAAUGAAGCUCUUCCCUGGUGGGCCAAAGCGACGAACCAGCAAACUCCUCUAGUGGAAAGUAGAGUUUUUGGUAUACCAUAAUGUUUUCUUUUUUCAUUUAUAUGAUAUUUUUUGGCCCGUUUCGCUGAUAGCAUGAUGAGAAGUUGUAUAUUGGAGGAGAGCCCUUUGAUGUAACCAUUCUUUUUUCUACAGAAAGAUGAAAUGUAUGGUUUGACUUCUGUGGAACUACACCUUUGUAUUGGCAAUGAACAGAAUAGCUGCCUGCAGGGGGAAAAAAAUGCCCCCUUAUAUAUUUCAUAAUUAUACGUGGGGGUGGAUGUGUAAGUUGUAAUUGAUGUAUCCAUUUAUUAUUUCCAUUCACUUGUUUUCCCUA